AUGGAGUCCGUUACUAUCACUUUCGAAGGGAUUGAAGAAUGGGAGAAUAGCGGAGACAUAGUCUAUGACAUAAUCCAGAAACAUACUCAACUUGAACGAGGAUCAUAUCCCGAAACGAAGAGUCUUCCUCCACUCAUCAUGUCUCCACCACUUCCUCAGGAAUGCAUCGAUGAGUUGAAGGCAGUAAAUGGCGUUGUGGUACGGACUCAGCAGGGAUAA